CCCGCCGAGGGCGCCGCGGGGACCCGCUGAGAGCGGCUGCGGGAGAACCGGGAGCUCCGGGAGCACCGGGACCGCCGGGACAACGGGACAACGGGACCUUCGGGAGCACCGGGACACCGGGAGCUCCGGGACAACCGGGAGCACCGGGACCGCCGGGACAACUGGGACAACCGGGAGCACCGGGACAACCGGGACCGCCGGGACCUUCGGGAACACCGGGACAACGGGGACAACCGGGAACACCGGGACAACCGGGAGCUCCGGGAUCACCGGGACAACCGGGACCGCCGGGAGCGCCGGGACAACCGGGAACACCGGGA